AUGGAAAAUUCUAAUCAAACAUCAACUGAUUUCAUCUUAUUGGGAUUGUUUCCACCAUCAAGAAUUGGACUGUCCCUGUUCAUUCUCACUGUUCUCAUUUUCCUAAUGGCUCUGUGUGGCAAUCUGUCCAUGAUCCUUCUCAUCCUCCUGGACACCCAUCUGCACACACCCAUGUAUUUCCUCCUUAGUCAGCUCUCUCUCAUGGACCUGAACUACAUCUCUACCAUUGUCCCCAAAAUGGCUUUCAAUUUUCUGUUUGGAAAUACAUCUAUCUCCUUCUUUGGGUGUUGGAUUCAGAGCUUCUUCUUCUUAACUUUAGCAAUUGCUGAAGCCUUUCUCUUGACUUCUAUGGCCUUUGAUCAUUAUGUGGCUAUUUGCUUUCCUCUCCACUAUCCCAUUCGUAUAAACAAAAGAGUGUGUGUGCUGAUGAUAACAGGAUCUUGGACAAUGGCCUCUAUCAACUCCUGUGCCCACACUGCUUAUGCCCUCCAAAUCCCUUACUGUCGAUCCAGGGCCAUUAACCAUUUCUUCUGUGAUGUCCCAGCCAUGUUGACCCCGGCCUGCGUGGAUACCUGGGUUUAUGAGUACACAGUGUUUAUGAGCACCACUCUCUUCCUUGUGUUUCCUUUUAUUGGCAUUGCAUGUUCCUAUGGCCGGGUUCUCCUUGCUGUCUACCACACGCAGUCAGCAGAAGGGAGGAAGAAGGCCUAUUCGACCUGUAGCACCCACCUGACUGUGGUGACUUUCUAUUAUGCUCCCUUUGUUUACACUUAUCUACGCCCAAGAUUCCUCCGAUCUCCAACAGAGGACAAGGUUCUGGCUGUCUUCUACACCAUCUUGACCCCAAUGCUCAACCCCAUCAUCUACAGCCUGAGAAACAGAGAGGUGAUGGGGGCCCUGAGAAGAGUGAUUCAGAGAAUCUGUGCUGUGAAAAUGUAG